GGUUUAUGUACUCCUUGUUUGAAAAACUAUAAGUCGCUAAACUUAGCGCGGUUCAUGCCAAAAAUUUCGGUCAGUUUUCACUCGACCCGGCUCAUAUCUUCACCAGCUUUAUUCCUAUUCGCAUCAAAGAAAUUCAAAUCAUUAAGUUAUACAAGAAAAUGGCUUAUAGUUGGGAUAAUAGAAUACAGUUUGCCAUCAAAUUCUUAUACGAUAUUGAUGGGAAUGGUUAUUUAGAAGAAAAAGAUUUUAUGUGUUUAGCAGUUAGGGCUACGAUUAUCGAAGGAAAAGGAGAAUUCAACACUGCUAAAUUACAAGAGAAUCAGCACAUCAUGUUGAGUUUAUGGGAGGAAAUCGCCGAAUUAGCCGAUUUUAACAAGGAACUGUUACAGGACGGGAGGAUCAGCACCGAGGAGUUUCGCCAAGCCGUGACAGAUUGUUGCGCGGGAAAACGUUACGAAGAUUUCCCGCAGGCAAUGAAAAUGUUUAUCGAUUCAAAUUUUAAAAUGAUGGACACUAACGAUGACGGGAUCAUCGCCGCAGAAGAAUACAGAUAUAAUUGUUGCACUAAAUUCGCGAUCGAUGAUAUCUCUUUGGUGGAUGAAGCCUAUAAUAACUUAUUAAACGAUGAUGAUAGAAGAAGAGGUGGAAUAACUCUUUCUCGCUACCAAGAGCUUUACGCCGAGUUUUUAGGGAAUCCAAAAGAUGAUAAUCCAGGGAUUUAUUUAUUUGGGCCGUUAUCCGAGUUUUUCCCGUCUUCGUGAUUAAAAUUAACUUGUUAAAAUAAAAGAUUUUUUUUUACAACAAUAA